AUGGGGGCCAGGCAGUCUGGUGCCCGCUGCAAGGACAAGGGCCUCCCGGGGCGGGGGGUCCUGCGGGGGAGGCAGAAGUUCUCCCCGUGGGACGAUGCUCUGCUCUCGGGGAGGGACCCGCGGUGUCUGCUGAAGCGGGGCCUGCGGCACGUCAGUUUCAGCCUGGUCACCAAGGGCAUGACAGAUGCUCCUGACUUCCUGUGGAGCCUGUCAGAAGUGCAGAAGCUCAACCUGUCCCACAACCAGCUCCGGGCCCUCCCGCCCGAGGUGGGGAAGCUGACACGGCUGGUGGUCUUGAACUUGUGCGGGAACCGCCUGAAGACCCUGCCCCGGGAGGUCAGCCUCCUCCAGAGCCUCAAGGUCCUGUUUGUGCACAUGAACUGCCUGACGGAGCUGCCGGCAGAGCUGAGCGCCUGCCGGAACCUGGAGGUCCUGAGCCUGUCGCACAACUUCCUGUCCCAGCUCCCCGCCAGCCUCGCGGACCUCUCCCGGCUGCGCAAGCUGAACCUCAGCCACAACCGCUUUGCACACAUCCCUGUCUGCGUGUUCUCGCUCAGGGAGCUGGACUUCCUGCACGUGGGCUCCAACCGCCUGGAGAACAUUGCCGAGAGCAUCCAGUGCCUGGCCAGCCUGCAGAUCUUCAUUGCCGAGAGUAACAAUAUCCACACCUUCCCCCGCUCCCUCUGCCUGCUCACGAGCCUGGAGCUGCUGAACUUGAACAACAAUGACAUCCAGACCCUCCCCGAGGAGCUCUACCUGCUGUGCAGACUGGCCAGGAUCGCUUGGAACCCCAUGGACAAAGGGCUUCACAUUUCCCACAACCCUUUAUCCAAACCUCUGCCCGAGCUGCUGGAGGGGGGUCUGGAGAUGCUCUUUAGUUACCUGAAGGACAAAAAACAUACCUGA